AUGAGACCGAACACAAACUCAAAAGCAUUUAAUAAUGGAUUCCGAUAGAAUUCAAGCAAUAGUAAUGUUGGGCUUAUGAUUGAUCAAUAAAAUUCUUUGAAUUAUUCUCAUCGAUUGGCUGAGGAAAGCUUGCAAAUCGGGGAAGACGUCUUGGAAUCCUUCAAAAGGCAAAAUGACUCUCUCAAAAAUAUAAAAUAAAGUGAAUUAUACAAUCGGCGAUUUGGGACUAUCAUAAGGAAUCAUCAAGCUUAUUGGAUCAAGAGAUUAAUAAGAUAGACGCAUUAUCAUCUUUUUAACCAUUUUAUUGUUUGCCUUUAUAGGAACACUUUACUACGUGUUCAAAUGAAAAUUAAUGUGUUAUAAUUCUUUAAAUAAUAAUUAUAUUUAAAUAACGUACACAAAGAAGUGAACCUCCUUAAAAUAAACCUCAAUUAAAUAUCAUUUUACUCACUUAAUUCAAAAAAACAAAUAAACCAAUUGAAAUCCAAUAAAAUCAUCUUUAAUCAUCAUUAUAAAUACAGAAGUUUUGAGAAAAAUAUUUUUAUUAUACUAUAUACUAUAUGA